UUGGUCGGCAUUAAUACAUGAAAAUUAACGGGUAAAUCACACAAAUUACGAUUUCCCGUCCUUUGCGAUCGCCAAACUUGACAGCGACAUGAAGCUAGCGUCCGACAAGCUACUAGAACGUAAUAAUAAUACAUUUACACACACACAUACACGACGGUGGGCGCGGCGACAAAAAAAACCUCAAAUAUGUUCAAUAUUAAGCGACACACGCAUAAAAACAAAACGUAGCCAAGACUGAGCCACAAAAAAUGAUAAAAAUGUUCCCGCCAUUCAUUCUCGGAAGUAUAUUGAUAUCAAACCGGUGGCUGUGCGGCAAAUAAACACACACACGGGAUGGUUCAUUAAGCCACGAGUUUGGCUACUCUCGCGAGAUCCGAUCUGAAUAGAUGGCGUCAUUUGUAUGCGCCACAACAGUUACGGCUCGUGGAGGAAGCUAACUCGGGCAGCCGUGCGGUUAUUGUUAAAUUUCCCCCUGACCAGGAUGGCCACCGCGAAAAAGGGGAAGAAAGUUGUGAAUCAGGAGCAGCUCAGGCGCUUGAUGAGAGAGAAGCAAAGGCAAACGUCCGAGAAGAAGCGCGUGGAGUCCCCGUUCGCUAAAUACAACAGCCUGGGCCACUUGAGCUGCGUGCUGUGCAACGCGCAGGUCAAGUCGGAGCUGCUGUGGCCCGCUCACGUACUUGGGAAACUGCACAAGGAGAAAGUGAGCGAGCUCAAAGAGGCCAAACAUACGCCACAAAGUCAACCGGGGAAAAGAAAAGCGACGGACGACGAGCAGGACGUCAACGGGAAAAAGGCCAAGCAAACGCCAGAUGCAGGUCAGUCCACCUCGGGGGCGGUACCUGAAGAUUUUCCGGAGAAAUCGAACUCUGUCAAAAAGUCUGCAGGCGUUAGUCUGUUAGCGGGAGUCUAUGAUGAUGACGACGAGCAAAACGAGGAGGCAGAGAAUGUGGGGGCAGGGACAACCGCCGCCCCCCCUCAACCCUCCGGAUUACCAGCUGACUUCUUUGACAGCUCCAUCCCGUCCACCCCAGCAGUCUCCCACUCGGGCUCUAUCGCUAAAGCGGAGGCACCGCCUGAGAAAAGCUCUGAGAAAAAGGACAACACGGCCGAGGUGCUCCCCGAAGGCUUCUUCGACGAUCCGGUACGGGACGCCAAGGUGCGCAACGUGGAUGCGCCCAAGGACCACAUGGACAAAGAGUGGGAAGAGUUCCAGAAGGAGAUACGGCAGGUGAACACCAAGUCGGAGGCUAUCGUAGCGGAGGAUGACGAGGAGGGCCGCCUCGAGCGACAGAUCGACGAGAUUGACGAACAGAUCGAGUGUUACAAGCGGGUGGAGAUGCUGAGGGACAAGAGGGACGCAGCGAAGAGAAGGUCUCAGACGAGGAGGGAGGAACCCAAAGAGACCGAAGUCAACGCGGAGGAGAAAGAAGAGGAGAAUGAAGAAGAACUACUUGGACUUUUGUCCCAGGACUGGAGGGCCAAAGGAGCGCUGGCGUGAUUCGUGAUUGUGCAAAACCAACUGAAAUGUUUGUAAUUGUCAACAUUAAAUGUCAGGAAACAGCA